AUGGACAUCACCCAUAUACCUCCUCCCCAGCCGCAAGACGAAUUCAUAAGUUCAACUCACCUCAUCAUAAACUACAUCAAUGUUAUUCAGAACACGAUGAAGCGAACGUCGUCACAAGAAAUUGCUUCUAAAGCGGCCCCCAUAAGAAAAGAUAUCAUUUCAUCCUUGCCCAACGAAAUUGUUUGUCAGAUCGCAGAAAAUCUCUAUAUGAAUGGUCUCAGAUCACUUAGAGAUGCCAACCCCCGAGAGUUCGGUGCCCCUCUCAACAAGCUGAUUCGUGACAAACACCUCUUACGUGACACUAGCUACAUGAUAUCUGCCAUGUUUGAAGCUGCUGCAAAACGAGAUGUUGAGAUGAUUCGCUGGCUUUUCGAAAACGAGAAGGCGAUAGGACAAAUACUCCUUCUCAACCAACCUCAUUCGUCAUAUGACGAGGAGGAGAUGUUCAGAAUACAAGUAAAUGAAAAAACUUAUUGGUACUUUUGUCUUACCGGCGAGAAGCUCGAUGACGAAACCGUGGACCUCAUCCUAACUGCCGGGCCGAACCUUAUGAUGGCCAUCAAAACGGAAGAGGCUCUGGGAUCCUACCUCCCUUCGGGAAUGGUGCACACAUACGACCAAUAUGACCAGAACCUACACGCAGUAGCACACUCGGCACUCUCCAGCGCACUCCAAGCCACUGAUGAACGUCGAGUAGAGAGAUUCAUCAGGCUGGGAACUAGUACAAAGCUUGCGACCUCAAGAACUGUUGAUGAAUUUAUAUUCGCUUCUUUUGAAACGGACUCGUGUUCCAUUGACUGGAAUCUUGGGAGUCGGUGGGCGGUAAUUCGAGCAGAGGCUAAUGCUUUAUUCUUACACACUCCGCUCGAGGAAAUUGACCCAGAUCAUCUAUGGGCCGGGGGGAACAACCUUCUUCAUAUGGCUAUUUUUUCUUCUAAUUCUGUUAGAAUGACAAAGUUUGCGCUAUCAAAGGGACUGUGUGUUGAAGAUGAUAACCUGGCCGGCGAAUGGCCACUCCAGCUGGCAUUCGACAAUGAACAUGUACCAGCCAAAGUAAUACGGGUAUUGAUUGAACACGGGGCCGGCACAUCUGUGAUACCGUCGUACCUUACCUCCGGGUAUGAGCCAGGUUUGGGCUCUCAAACUAAAUCUAGACGUGAAAAGGUUGCUGUCUUCUUGGAUAGUGCGAAUAUCGACUGGGUUGCCGGAGAUAUUGAUGGGAAUAUCUUUGGGGAGACGCUACUUCACGUUGCGGUCGUUUGGCUUAUGCCAAUCAAGUAUUUCAAAAGUCUGUUGAGAAGAGGGAUGGAUGUGAAUGUUCGAGACAGUUCGGGCCGCACGCCAGUAGAGGUAGCCUGGGAUAUGUUGGGUUCCAAUGAAGAGGACUGUACUUGGCGUGUGCUUGGCAGUGAGAUGGAUUUCAAUGCCAUACGGGACGUCUUGAUUAAGAUCAUCGAAUUUUUAAUCAAGCGUGGUGGUACUGCGAGUGUCGAGGCCGGGGACUCUGUGAUGGUGGUGGAGGAUUUCGCAACUUCUGGGGAGUCCGAUGGUUUUGAGAGACUAGGGGAGCUAGGGGAUGUGGAGUAUGUGACUAUGGGGCAACUGGAUCAUCUGGAGCAUGUGGCCAUGGAGCAUCUCGAGGAUGUGGACAAUCCACUCGACAUAACACCUUGCGACACCGAUUACUUACACUCACUUGCAAGUGUGGGAUGGGACUAG